AUGUCCUCGUUGAACCGGUCGAGACACGAAAAGGAGAACGUUCCGCUGCAAAGAAGACAGAGCCUGAAACAGCCUCCAGCUCGAGGAAUGGUGUCGUCGUCAAGUGUUGCUGAUCUCCAAAUCCUGAAAAAGCCAGAUAGAAAGCCAGAUAGAAAGCCAGGGACAAAUCGUCCUAGCAUUCCUCCUGCCCAUCGAAUUUCAUCCAUUCCUUCUAAUCGGCUGCGACGCAAACCUAUCUCCUCGGAAGAGGAGCUGUAUAAGCUCAUGGAGACCAGCUCAAAAAUUGCCAAUCAAUUCCGCCAAUUUUUGCAUUAUGCCCUCCAAGGUCGCCAUGAGAGGCCACCACAUAGUCCUCAAAAUUUGGCGACUGCCGAUCCUAGCAUGUACCAGCAGCUGACUGUGUAUGAACGAGGUGAAAUACUAAGGAAGAGAGAAAUAUAUUUCACGGGAGACAGAAGCGUCAAAGCCCGAGUUGACAGUCAAAACUAUAGCUGCAAUUUUGGUUUUGACGACAAGAAUAAGGACUACAGAUGUGCCGCUGGUGACCAUAUAAAUUACCGGUACGAAAUUUUGGCCAAACUUGGCAAGGGAUCCUUUGGGUCUGUCAUAUGUGCCAAGGACCACAAGACACAGCAGCUCGUGGCCAUCAAGAUAGUGAAAAAUGAAAUGGACUGGUCUGUACAGGCUAUGAGUGAGAUCAAGUGCUUGAAAAGCCUCAGCGGAUGCUCUCCCCACGUAGUCCAAUAUUUUGAGCAUUUUCAUUUUAGAUCGCAUAUUUGCAUUGUCACAGAACUGCUUCUUAUCAACCUCUAUGAGCUCAUUGAAAUCUCAGGGUUCAGAGGUUUGGGCAUGGAGUUGUUGAGAAAGUUCGGAAGGAACACCUUACACGGGCUGCGAUUCAUCCAUAGGCAAAACCUCAUUCAUUGUGACAUGAAGCCAGAGAACCUGAUGCUAGCUUACAAUCAUCAAUUUGGAUUCCACGUCAAAGUAAUAGACUUCGGGUCUUCUUGCGAGCAUGGCCGCCCCACAUUCUCCUACUUGCAGUCGAGAUUCUACAGAGCACCCGAAGUGUGUAUCGGAGCCAGAUAUAACCACAAGAUCGACAUAUGGUCUUUUGGAGCAAUCAUGGCUGAACUUUAUACGGGGACCCCGAUAUUCUGUGCCAAAGACGAAUACGAGCUUCUCGACUUCUUUAUCUCGUACUUUGGUCCCCCUCCUAGGAGUUACAUUCUUGAACUUCGUACACAAUUACUAAAGGAGGGGCCCAUCGUCAACCUAAACAGACCGUCUUCAAACUCUCUCAAUUUCCGCACACUGCUAUGGAGAGCGUUCAACGAUGACGGAUCAUUGAAUUCAUCAUAUCUGCAUUCGAAGAAACAUGGUUGCAAGUUUAAGCCAUCUUCUUUCAGCCUGUCUCGGCAUCUUGCUCGCUAUCGUACCGAGCCCGGAACUGGUUUUGAGCACUUUGUUGAGAUGCUCGCUGGCUGCCUCACAUGGUCACACCACCGGAGACUUGACUGCGAUAAGCUUCUUUCCAUGCCAUUUUUUUAUCAGUAA